UGCGAGCGGCAGUUUAGCACAAUUGAGCGAUAUGAAAGUGAUGCGUGCCGCUGCUGCUGCUGCUGCUGUCCGACCGGCGUCGCGUACUGACGGGGGAGGGCGGACAUUUCUCAUCGCGCGGUUGCAACCGUUUUUCGGGACUGCCCUGACUUCAAUUGCAAUCCUGCCACCGUCGAUCGCGGACGUGACGUGCUGCUGCUGCUGGGCGCUUGUUUUGUUUUUGUUGUGCGCGAACGCAUUGUGCUUGAUUGUUUUGUUUAUUUGCUAGUGUGCGCGAUCGUGCGGAACAAUGGUGGAACGGAAUCUGGUGAAUGUGCUGCUGCUCGGCGGCGGCUUCAUGCUGAUCUUUACCUCCUUUCAAACGCUCGGCAACAUUGAGCAAACCAUCAUCGACAGCAUCAAGACAGACCUGCCCUCGUUCACUGGUGACGGAUACACGAGCCUGGCUAUUAUCUAUGCUGCCCUCUCUUUAUCAAACUGGGUCAUGCCGUCGGUCCUGUCCGCCAUCGGACCGCGGCUGGCGAUGGCCAUCGGUGCUAUCACCUACUGCCUGUUUAUGGCGAGCUUCUUUGUGCCGCAUGUGGUGCUGCUGUACGGAUGUAGCGUCGUGCUUGGUGCCGGUGCCGCCCUCAUCUGGACCGGCCAGGGCAUGUACCUGUCCCAGUGCAGUACCGGCGAUACGAUCUCGCGCAAUUCUGGCAUCUUCUGGGCGAUGCUACAGAUGAGCAUGUUCUUCGGCAAUCUGCUGGUGUUCUUCACGUUCCAGGGCAAAACGCACAUCGAUGAGACGACGCGUAGCAUCGUGUUUGCGGUCCUGAUCGCCGUCGCGAUCGUUGGCUUGGUGAUGCUAACCUGCCUGCGUCGGCCUUCCGCCAACGAUGGCGACGUACCGGUGGAACUCGGUGCGGAAGUCCGUCCGCGCGAAGCAUUCCUGAACGCAAUCCGCCUGUUCCGUACGCCACGCAUGAUGCUGCUGAGCAUCACGUUCGUGUACACGGGGCUAGCGCUAUCCUUCUUUAGCGGCGUGUAUGGUUCGAGCAUCGGGUUUACGAACGCGAUCGGUACCUCCGCCAAACAGUACGUCGGUCUGAACGGUGUCUUUAUCGGCGUCGGUGAGGUGCUUGGUGGUGUGGCGUUCGGGCUGCUCGGUACGCGCACCACUACCCGGUGGGGCCGGGAUCCGAUCGUCAUUGCCGGUGGUGUACUGCAUAUGGUGGCGUACUUCCUGAUCUAUCUGAACCUGCCGAACAGUGCGCCGUUCGGCAAUACGGAUGCACUGUCCUACAUCCAGCCACCGAGCGCUAUCGUCGCGAUGUGCUGCUCGUUCCUGCUUGGGCUCGGUGACGCAUGCUUCAACACCCAGUGCUACUCGAUGCUGGGCGGUGUGUUCAAGAGCCAGCCCGCCGAAGCGUUCUCGAUCUUCAAGUUUACCCAGUCGGUAGCGGCAGCGGCCAGCUUCGUGUACUCCUCUUACUGCGGGCUGCACGUUCAGCUUGUGAUACUGGUGGUGCUAGGCAUCGUCGGCACGAUCACGUUCUGCGCGGUAGAGUUCGCUGUAAAGCGCGAACGUCCAACGUUGGAGCGGGAUUACGAAAAGUAAGGUGUGAGUGAGGGGUGAGCCGUGAUUUCCAAGGGGGGGGGGGGGGGGGGGGGCGAGCAAAAGACCCAUCCUUACCUACCAACCACCGCCGCCGGAUGCGGAUACUGCCGGUUAUCCCGGGUGUUGGGAAAAUGGUGUAUCUUCUUGCCGAACCGUCCGUUCGCCGGUACGAUGCCACCGAAGUAAACUGGACUGUCCGCUAGGUAGGAAGAGGAGCAAAUUUACGGAGGUGUGAUUUCACAAACGUACAAGUAUAUGCGGUUCACAUAGUGCUAGCUUUUAAGUCGCCUUUCAGGCUCGUUAACAUCCGCUUAGUUGUUAUCCGUUACGUCCACAAGAGCAUGAUUGUUUCUAGCGUUUGUUUAAAAUGUACCAAGAGGUGUUAAUUUUUUUUAAAGAAAAGCUUAUCUUAUUUUCUAAGCGAUUUCACUAAGAAUGCCUUAACUGAAUGCCUUUUUUUUACUGCAAAUUACCUAAGGCAGCAGCAGGAAGUAUAGCGGCGUCGCAUGUCGUUACCAGCGUCCCCACGACACAGAACGCUGCUAACACAGCAAUAAGAGCGUAUCCGGUUAGCGCCUAAAAGGAAACAGACACACAAAAGUUAAUAAAUAAUUCUCCAAAGGGCUUCUUCAAAAGGCACAGAUCAUCAUUGUUCUGCCUUCGUUCGCUUCGGUUGACCUUGCCCUCUUCUAAGCGGGGUUGGCACGCGGAUAAAGGUGGCGCAAGGCAUGAAUCACCACUUGGAGGGGCACAGUGAUGCCAUCGGUUGAGGCAUCUGGUGCUGUUGAAGCAGACGCGCGCGCCUAGCCUAACGUCACGUUUUGGUUUAAAAGUCUCACUAAGCCGCAUUAUCUAACAGAUAA